AUGGGAUAUUCUUUGAAUUUGUUCGGUGAUAAUGAUAUUAUGGUAAAAGUAUGUUAUCCAACAUCGGAACCACCCAAUUUAGCCCCUUUAAACCUUGAUGAUAAUUUAUCAAAGGUUCGUAAGGAAUUGGAAGUACGUAAAUUCAUCGAUGACAAAUUGUCAUUUUCUCAAAAUAAUGUUGAAAUGUCCAAAGUAGCAAAUUCGGACGAGGGAAUAUUUCUCUUAAAAGAAAUUGUAGUCAAAAAGAAUGACCAAUUUAUUUUAUAUCUAACUCAUUCAAAUUUAUGGGCAUAUUUGAAUGAAAAGCACAAAUUGGAUUAUGGUCGUACCAUAACUAAUGAAGGCAUUAAAACCAGGGAUUUUAAGGUGUUUAUUAUGAAAGGUUGUGAAUUAUCCAACCUUGGUACUAAAGAAUUUCGUUUAGACACAGUUGAAUUUAAUUCAACUGAAACGGAAGAUUGGAUGACGCAAACGAAUUUAUUACUUAAUAUUAAUAGUACAUUGCAAAAUUUUAUCAAGUUGGGAUUAUCGGCUGGUAUAAUGAACAGAAACAGAUCAAAUUCGGCAACGAAAUCAACUUUUCAUUAUAGAAAUUACGGCAAACAUUCCUUAAAGAUUAACAUUAGGAAUCAUUUGAUGCCAACUGAAGAAUUUCUUGAGAGAGUAAAGGAUGCCAUAAAAUCAAAAAAGCCGAAAAAUUUUAUUCGAAUUGUUGAGGAUUUUGGUCAAUUCAUACCAACUGAAGUGAUCUUGGGUGGAAGAAUUUAUUUUAAAGAUUACGGUAAAUCCACAGGAAAUUCUACAGAACAAUCAAAUACUCUUGAUGUAAAUGUAGGAGCUCCAGAUGUUGCGGAUAUUGGAAUAUCAAAAAGUGCCAGUCUUACGAAGGAAAAUUCAACGGAUUAUAGAUCAAAAUGUCUAGAAUUCAUCGGAGGCAAACUUGAAUGCAUUGAAAAUUUUGAUGAAAUAGCUUGGGUUAAGUCAUUGGAUGAUUAUAACAAUUGGGAAUGUGUAGAAUUUCGAAAUCCUAUCAGUAUCUUUAAACUUUUAUCUGAUGAUUUACAGCGAAAAAUAUUUGUUUUGCUCGGAAAAAAAGUGAUUUAUUCGAAAACGGAAACCUGCAAAUAUUCGUUCGACGAAAGUGAUAAACCGGUAAUCGUUACGUUAGGGGAUGCAAAUAUCUCAAAAAUCCUUCUAAAUAAAGAUGCAGAUUGUAACAUCUUUGCAACAGUUGUUGAUAAUGACGAAACAAAUGAUGAAUUUUUUAAUUGUCAAAUCUUUUGGCCGCAAGAUGAUGAACCAAAACUUAUCAUUCAUUGUAUUCAAGAGAAGUUUAGAAAACGUCCAUAUAAUUUGAAAAUCAGUUGGGUGGUUAUUGGCUAUGACAUACAUUUUAAUUCUUUACUUUCAGGUUUUAACCUUCAUUUGAAAGUUCUAAAAAAUGAUUUUAAUACAACAAAUAAUCAACCUAUGAUGAAUAAGAUAUUACCCAUCAAAAGUGUUCCCCCUUGUAUUGGAAUUCCCGUAUUAACCAGUUUAGAUUCUCCAAAUGAUUAUUCCCUUAUUGUUGGUCAUCAUUUUUAUAAGGUUCAAGACAGAUAUGGUCUAUCCGCAUUUGCUUACUGUCAAAAAAACAAACGUUAUGUCAAUUUACCAAGCUUUACUUUUUAUACACUUUUUUCUAAUGCUUAUGAAUUGCUUCCUUUUAAAGUUAGAAAACGUGACAAAAUAUUGCAUAGAAACCCAUUUGCCGAUAUUGAAGAACUUACUUCACAACAUCAAAAUCCAAAAUAUGUUAGUUUGUAUCUACCAAAAAAUAUUCAUUACCACCCAAUGCUCUUGAAUCAAAGAUCUAAGAGAAUUAAAUUAGAACAUGUCAAAUGUAGUUGUGAUAAAACUUGUUCUAUUUGUCAUGAAAAUACUGCAAAAAUCUCAUUACAUGACAAUAUCGAAUGCAUGUUUUUUAAUCCAUAUCUCAGUAAAACCAUACUGUCAAAUGGUUUGGAUAGUGAGUGGUUCGAUGAGGAGGCAUUGCAAGUUCCUGUUAAAAAAUAUUAUGGUAUUGCCCGAAUUAAUAUUAUCGAAGCUAAAGAUCUCAUGCCUACCGACUUUUGGUUUGGUGGUGGUGAUCCUGAUUCUUAUGUAAAAAUUACCAGUGUUUUCAAUGGAGUGGAAUAUGUUAAAACCCGUGUUGUUUAUAAAUCAAUCAAACCAGAAUGGCAACAAGUGAUUUACAUUCCAAUUAAUGAUCUUGAUGAUCAAUUCAAGUUGCAAGUUUAUGAUUAUAGUGCUUUCUUCAAACAUAAACUUUUGGGAUAUUGUGUUCUCGAUCUCAAGGAUAUUAUGCAGGUUCGUAAAAGGACCAUUAAAGGAAAGCAUCUAGAUCUUGAGUACAAUUUGACAUUAAAAGGAUCAAUUAGAGGAAAGCUUCAUUUUACUGCCGAUUUUAUUUCCUUUUCCGAAUUGGAAUCCGAACCUACAACUCCUAUUUCUAAAGAAACCAUCACCCUCAAUCAUUUGUAUCUUUUGAUUACUUAUCAACGUCAAGAUGGUUGUUUUGAAUUAAAUGACAAUGUAGCAAGCUUGUUUAACUUUUCUUCCAAAGAUGAGCUGAUGAAAUCAUUUGCCGCUUAUGUACAGAAUGAAGAUAGAGUAAAAGGACUUCAUGCUGAUGUUUGGAGUUCGGCAGUAAUUACAGCAUUCCUUAAAGCUUUAUUAUGGGAUCAUCGACGAGAGUGGAAUACAGUUUACGCAAAAACUGAAACUUACCUGAGCGAAAAUGUCACCAAUAUUGAAACUGAAGAGCGAUUAUACAGUUUGGCCAAUAAAUUUGUCAUUGAACACUUUAAAAUCUCUGAAUGGGAGAUUGAAGAGCAAAAAAAGAGUCUCGGUGUCAGUGCCUCAUCAAAGAAAUCGAUGAUCACUCGUCGUACUGUUACCAUACGUCACGUACGUCGUUUGCUUAGCUAUCAAAAUGACUCGGGCUGUUUCGAACUUCACGAUCAUUUGUCCGAAUCCCUUGGAUUCAGUUCAGCCGAAGAGGCGAAGAAAAAUUUCGAAACACAUUUUGCUAUUUAUUCAAAAGCUUCAAAACUCGAUGCAAACGUAUAUAGUUCAGCUGUAAUGAUUUGGUACUUGAGAUACGUGUUUGUUGAAUACCGAGGCGAAUGGGUUGACAAAUAUAUAAAAACUGCUAUUUGGGUUAGUGAACAAGUGAAUGAUGAGCAAGUCGAAAAAGAAGUUCUUGAUGCUGCAAGGAGUUUCAUCAUGAAAAGGUUCGAAGUUGACGCGGAGACUUUGCAAGAGGAUGAAACAUUCAAGGAUUCCUUUACGACCCUCAAACAAACAAAAGAAACGAAGAAAACCGAAAAGUUGGCAACCAUAUCAGAAAUUCAAUCAUCGAUCACCGUAGAAACAGCCCAAUGCGUCAUUUCAUCUAAUAACGAAGAAAAGAAAAUCGAGAAAGCUUCAGCGCUUGUAAACCUCCAAUCAAAGACGACCGCUGAUAUCGUCAAAGAUGAUGUUUCAGCUCAAAACACCGACAGUUCUAUCAAAUUAACCAAAGUCGUGUCCGACAUUGACGUUGCCUCGGAAUAUUUAUCGGAAACUGGAUCUCAACAAGUCAAAGAACAGCAAGAAACAGCCAAAGAGGAUUUAAGUCAGCAAAUUAACGAUGAAAAAUUAGAGGAAGAAGCCGAUAAAAUCAAAGAAAAUUCAGAGAAAGCCAAACAGUACCUUAUUGAAGAACUUAAAAAUGAAAAGUUAGUAAGUGAGCUAUUAGUCACUUCGGAUAAGAUUAUCAUUGAACAAAGUGUUUAUAAAGAAAAGAAAGAUGGCGUGUCUACCGUUCAACAAUCUACUUCAACUGAGAAGGUUCACGAAAUUGUAUCGAAUCAAAAAGAUGAUGGUUCUCUACAAUUGACCGAUACGGUUUCUAAGGAGCUCACUAAUAAAGAUACCAAAUUACCGGAAAGCAAGUCAAUCAUUGAAACUGCCGUGACCUUAUCUUUCCUCCGAAAAACAUCAUCCGCGGAUUCAUCACCAGAAGUAAAACAGAAAUUCGAAAAGGCGAAGCAAUAUUUAAGCACUCAAAUAAAAGACGAGAAAGUGGAAAAAGAAUUAUUAGAAAUGACCGAUCAAAUUGUUGUUGACCAUGCAACAAAGAAAGUAGUUAAAGAAAAAGCCCACAAAGUAGUACUCGAAAAGGUGCAAGAAACCGUAACCGUAGAAGAGGAAAUAAGUACCGAAGACAUCACUAAUGAAAAAAAUAAUAAACAGAGCAUUGAAAAGCAAAUAAUUCGACAGCUGAAAUUGAAUCAUGGUUUACUCUUGAAUGAAUAUGGCAUACAACCUAGUCAACAGGCUAUUUUUAAGGAUGAUGGUAAAUUAAGAAUAAGUUCAUAUAACGAGCAACCUAUAGUAUAUACAAAUAUAAAUGAUCCUGAUUCUACCGAACAAAAUAAUUUUAAUAAUGUUUUACAACCAUUUGAUGCAUGUAUUAAUUUUCCGAUUGCUGAAAUUACUUUUAAUGGUAGUUUGUUGGAUUCUUUUGCGAAUAACGACGAAAAUUUAAAUGAAUCAUUUGGUCAAUUUUUUGUAAAGAAUGUUUCAGUUGGUGAUAAAUUAUUUAUCAAGGGAUAUAACACAGCUACACAAACACAAAUUGACCUCUUAAAGUUUUAUUUAUUAUGUGUUUAUAAUUUAGCUAAAUUUCAUAACACAUUUUCUCCACUCAAUAACUUUUCCGCUUUUCAAUUUCUAAGGAUAGAAACAUUGGAUGGAAAAGAACUAGAUACUCCUAAAAAGUUGGCAGAUUGGAUGAAAAAUUUAUAUCAAAAUAACAACUUUGACAUAAUUUCUUAUGAUAAUCUCAUUCCUAUUUCUCAAUUAAAACGCGACGAACUUUCAGAAAUUAACCUUGAAGCUCCAAUAGAAAAGCAGCCUGGAGUUGCUAAUUUUAAGGAGAAAUUAAGUUUUGAGUCGUGGAUUAGAAAUGUUAUUGAUGUUGAUUUAGCAAGAUGGAUUAAAUUUCUUCCUCAAUGUCUAGUGAUUAAUAAUAAGUCAUACAAAUUGGAAACGAGCAAAAAAUUUGCGGCUAAUUUCAUCAAAGUACCCGAUAUAAAAUCAAGCGACAAAUCUUAUUUAGAAUUCAGACCAACGACAAAAGUGGAGGAAGAAUUGAUGAUCAAUAAUAUCUUUUCAAUUAAAGAUUUAAGCCUAUUUCCCUUUGUUGAUAGGGUUAUUGAGUCUGAUGAUUCAAGUUAUGACGAAUAUAAUUUGCUCGUCAAACUUGAAAAGUAUGAAAUCCUUAUAAAUAGGGAUCAUGUUAAACCUUCAAUAGAAUUUGUGCAAGCUAUAAACGAUGCACUUGAAAGUGUGGAACCAUUUGAAGAUUUACAAAUUGUAUUUGAAGAAUAUGGUCAUUUGUUUGCUCAAAAAAUUAUUUUGGGAAGGAUUUUUAAAAGGAAUGUACCAAAUGCUGUUACUUGUAAAAUUGAUUUAACAUCGCCGAUAGUUGAGUCUUUAGAACCAUAUUUAAAUAAGUUAAAUAUUCCAUAUCUUUUAACGCAGCAAGGAAAUAUCAUUGAAAAAAAUGAACUAUUUGAUUUGAUACAACAUUUUGAUUCGAUACAACAUUUAAAUGAUUUGGAAAUCAUUGAAUUAGAUGAAAUCAUUCCUCUUUAUAAAAUUCUUGAUGAACAGCAACAAAGUAAAAUUGAUAUUAUUUUAAAUUCCAUUAACUCUACUCAUAGUAAAAUAAGCAAGUCUUCGUGUAUUAGAACUUUAAAUUUCGAUCCCAUCAUUCGAACAACUACUGCCUUUACAGGAAAGAAAAGAACGACUAAUAUUGUAAUUAACAUAACUUUUCUUGAUAUAGCGGAAUGUUCGUCGUCAAAAAAAUUCCAAAUU